AUGGCUGGAUCUGAUCACAGACCUCUCCUUUGUUCCAUACAGAAUACUGCUAGACCAACAUAUACACCUUUCAGAUUUCAGAAUAUGUGGACUCUUCAUCCUGAUUUCAUUAAGGUAGUGGAAAAUAAUUGGAAUUCCAACCUGCAUGCUGACCCCUGGAUCAGAUUAUGGCUAAAUCAGAAGAACUUAGCCUCUCAUCUGAAAAAAUGGAAUUGGGAAAGAUUUGGUAAUGUGAAUGAACAGCUGGAGGCCAUCCAAAAUGAAGUCCAUAACUUGGAGGAAGGCUUACUAAUGGGGAGGAACUCUGAAUAUGAAGUUCACCAUGCCAAUGAGAGACUGCUUGCACAAAUCAGAUACCAUGAAUGUUUCUUACAACAAAAAGCUGUUGUCACUAAAUUUACUGAUGGUGAUAGAAACACUAGAUACUACCAUGCUUGUAUCAACCAUAGAAGGAAGUGCAACAUGAUUUUAAACAUAAACAAUAUCAAUGGCAGGAAGUUAAUCAAUGCUGAUGAGAUAGCUUAUGAUGUAGUCCAACAUUUCCAAAAGUUGUUCACCAAUGAGCUGGAUUUUAGAAGUCCUAUAGAAACUGAGAUGUUCACUAACUGUCAUCAUUAUGCUCAUAAUUUAAAUCUCACUAGUACCCCUUUGGAAUAUGAGAUAAAACAAACCUUAGAUUCCAUUGAUGGCCUCAAAACUGCCAGACCUGAUGGCUACACAUCUACCUUUUAUAAAGCCACAUGGGAUAGGACUAAACAAGAAAUUAUUCUUGCUGUCCAAAACUUCUUUCUUGGUGUGGACCCCCCUAAAUAUUUCAGUACUUCCACCAUCACUCUGAUACCUAAGAAUCAAAAUAGGAAAACUUGGGGGGAUUACAUGCCAAUUAGCCUAACCAAUGUGAUCUCCAAAAUAAUCAGCAAAAUCAUUGUGUUUAGGCUGCAACCCCACCUUCAACAUCUCAUUAGUGACAACCAAGUGGCUUUUUUUAAAGGGAGGAAUAUUACUGACAACAUCCUUCUUUCACAAGAACUCCUGCUAGAUCUUGUCAGAAAUUGUAGAGGACGAAAUGUCAUUUUCAAACUGGACAUAAGCAAAGCCUAUGAUACCAUUAAUUGGGAAUUCAUCCUUGAUACUCUUUCUGCUAGAGGCUAUAAUGAAGAAUUUAUUAAUUUGAUACACAGAUGGCUUAAAUGUAAUGCACAUUCAAUUCUGAUCAAUGGCAAGUGUCAUGGCUUCUUCAAUGCUACAAGGGGGAUCAAGCAGGGAGACCACUUGUCUCCAACCAUUUUUAUACUUGCACUGGACUACCUUUCAAGACAGUUGAAUAUUUGA